GAUUAACAUUCAGAAAAAUGUGCACAAAAGCUGUCUGGCCUGUCCCAAAUGAGCACAUAUGCAACUCCUAAUUGUGCAAUAUACUAGUAUUCCCUCUAUUUUGUUCCAUAAGGAUCUACACAAACUGUGUACAGACUCCAUUGUUUGUCUCUUCUUGUGCUUUCCCAGGAUUUCUGUGCCAGAAUCCUGGGCCAAGUUUACGGAUGAUAACAUUCUCCGUUCUCAGAGUGAGCGGUUUGCCACCGCCAAACUCAGGACUGAUAUUGAGACGGUGCUCGUGGUGACUGCCAAUGAGAUGUGGAACCAAUUUAACAAAGCAAACGUCGCCUUUACCAACCGCAUUUCAGAAACAGCUGAUGCCAAAAACAAGAUUCAGACUCUUCUGGCUAAGACAUUGCAAGAAAUCUUUGAGACAGAGAUGACCAUAGAAGCAAUUCAGAAAGCCAUCAGGGGGAAAGGGUGUGCCUUGAAGGUGGCCCAAACUCGCCUAGAUGAACGUAUACGGAGACCCAAUGUAGAACUCUGCCGGGACUCUGCCCAGUUACG